AUGGAGAAGCUUGGCUAUUCAAGUACUUACGUUAAAAGAACUGGACAAAAACGUGAUGGCUGUGGGAUCUUUUAUAAAACGAGCAGUGCGGAGCUUGUGUUUGAAGAAAAAAUUUAUUACAAUGAUCUUGUAGAGUCUAUUGAAGAUACUUCAGCUUUAUCUGUGGACAAAGAUGGCUGUUCCCCACCAAGUCAAACUGAUAUGCAAGAAAAAGAAGGGGAUCACGGAAACCCUAAUGAUCCUCGCGUGAGAUUGAAACGGGACUGUGUUGGUAUCAUGGCUGUAUUUAAACUCAAGGAUCCCUCUCUUCACCAUGUCAUUAUUGCAAACACCCAUUUGUACUGGGAUCCAGAAUGGGCUGAUGUUAAGCUAGCACAAGCUGAAUAUCUUCUUGCGCGUAUUCUGCAAUUUAAACAGUUAGUUUUAAGCAAACUAGGUUGCACUCCCUCUGUGGUUGUUGCUGGCGACUUCAAUUCUGUACCUGGAGAUAAGGUAUACCAGUAUCUUGUUUCUGGAGCCUCAGAUGUUCGGCCCUCGUCAGAGAGUUCAGAUGACCAGCCAGUUCCCUUAUCUAGUGUUUAUGCACACACGAGGGGAGAACCAGAUUUUACAAACUGUACUCCUGGGUUUACAGGAACUCUUGAUUACAUCUUUUUCUCUCCUUCUGGAAACAUUAGGCCAGUCAGUUUCCUUGAACUUCCUGAACCAGAAUCCCCGGAUGUUGUUGGUGGAUUACCAAAUCAUUAUCAUCCAAGUGAUCAUCUACCGAUUGGUGCUGAAUUUGAAGUUGUAGAAUAA